AUGAGAGUGCUCAGUGUUGUCCUUGUUUUGGUGCUGUCUGUGUGCAGUGGAACCCUUGGUGUGCAGGUUCAAGUUGGAGACAGCAGCUUCCCCCUGGAGGCAGUGAAGCAGCUGAAGGAGCUGAUGGAUUUAGACAACUACGUCAGCCCUCACCUCGCUGAGACUAGCGUUGCAGCUGUCUGCGCCAACCCUCUCCUGCCACAGGUCUUUCAGCCUGUGUGCCGUGCCAAGGGGACAGGCAUUGUUUUCUCCAGACUAGUGUAUAUCAUCACACCUUCAGAUCCCUGUGAAAUAUGUGCCAACCCUUCCUGCUUUGGGUGUCUGUAAUGAGGCUGCCAUCUGCUAGACACCCGAGCAUGUCGCCCAAGAGCCUCUGAGGGCGUCAUCCUCCAUAGUUCCUCCACAUCUCUAUGUAUAACGUAACCAUGGACAUCAGCAAAACAUGUCCUGUCACCCAGCAACCAAGCCCAACUGGAUCAAGGCUCAGUGACC